AUGUCUCCCGCUGCCGCCCACUCUUCGCCCAACGACAUGGACCACCAGUCUCCUCCCAAAGACUCCCAGCCGUCUGGUCUCCGCCAGACCCGCUCAGACUUUGACCUCGAACCCAAUCCCUUCGAGCAGUCCUUUUCGCGCCCAUCCAAUCUCCGCCAAACCUCGUCGCCUCGUCGUGAGUCGGUCAGUCCCGCCUCGAACCACUCGUCUACCAGACUAUCCGACCGGCCAGUCUCCUCUUCGUCCAACAAGCACGACGCCCACCGCCCCUCCUCUCCCCGGCCCGUCCUUCCCCCGCUCGCCGCCAUUGCCUCCCCCUCAGACUCGUCCUAUGGCUGGCAGUUUUCCUCUUCCCUCUCCAACUCGCUUCGUGCUGGCCCGCUUUCCCCCGCCAUGCUAGCUGGUCCCCAACAGAACUCAGAGCCAACCAAUCACAUCAACUUUGAUUCGUCUUCUUUCCGCACAGGUCUUACUCCUCGAACAGGUCUCACGCCUCGUACUGGCCUCACACCAGGCACCGGUUUAACGCCCCUCGUUGGCGGUCCCGUUUCAUUCCCCCCUGCUUCUCCAAACACAGCUGCCUUCCUGGCUCUUAUGAAUAACAAUUCCUCACAGGUUGCCUCUACGAAUGCGACCAUCACUCCCAACACCCUCAGUGCCAUUACCGGUGUGCUCAAUGGUACCAGUCACUAUCCUUCAAAUUCCUCCCAUCAGCCCAGCCAGCCAUCACAUCUCUCUACAUCGCACACUAACAAUCAGGAGAACAACCCAAGUUACCUGACUUCGGCAUCAAAUGCGGCAAGUGCGGCAGCCAAUGGUCUCUUCCUUCUCUCACAGGCUCAUCAAGAGCUUACAAAGCGAGAGGAAGCUCAGGCACGUGCAGGAGCCACCAACGGCACUUCUGUCAAUGGCGCAUCCAACAAUGCACGUCGUGGCGCGAAGAGAAAAUCGUAUGACAUCAGUAGUCCGCCAGCCCCUCCUGCUCCAGUCGCGAGAACGGCCAAUGCAAACUUGCCUCCGUUUCCAACUGCGUCAAAACGGUCUCGUGGAUAUACCGCUUCCUCUGGUAGCGGUGGGCGCGGUAGGAGAGGUUCGCCCCGUGGCUCAGAUGGCAUGCUUGAUGACGACGACGAGGAGGAAGAGGAGGAGGAAGAUGAUUUCGAAAGUCAUAUGAGUCAGGCCGCCAACGGUGGUCGCAAGCAGUCGCAGAAGAAACCUGAGACUGAAGAAGAAAAGCGACGUAACUUUCUGGAGCGUAAUCGACAAGCUGCGCUCAAAUGUCGCCAACGCAAAAAAGCCUGGCUUGCUCAGUUGCAAGCCAAAGUUGAAUAUCUUUCAAACGAGAAUGAAAGGCUUACUUCUGCCCUUGUCUCGUCUCGCGAAGAGAUAUCGCGUCUAUCUGCACUCGUCGGUGGCGCAGCAGUUGGUCCAGGUGUUGUACCUGGUUCGUCUAUUGGUCCAGGCGUCGGCGUCAAUGGUGUCAACGGCGUGGGGUCUGGAGUCAGCGUCAGCGGACAGCCGGUUAGCAUGAACGUAAACCUGGCUGCAAAAAGUGCUGCUAAUGGGGCGGCCACAUCUACUGCCCCAGCAAGAGCCGGUUAUGGAUAUUGA